AUGCUCUCCAGCCAAGGUCGCCUCGUCGCAGCCAAGUCGUCGUCCGUGUCGUCGAUCGCAGCACGCGCGCUCUCGACCUCGAUCGCCUCUGCCUCGUCCUCGACUCCGGUGAAGAGCGCCGGCGUCCCGCUGACCCGCGCUGGCGACGACGCCGUUGCAACCCACACGCUGGCCAAGUGGUCUGGUGGCCCGGUCUCGCGCGCUGGCACCGGCGGCCGCUCGUCCGUCUCGGGCGUUGUCGCCACGGUCUUUGGCUCGACCGGCUUUAUUGGCCGCUACUUGGUCAACCGGCUAGGCCGCGUCGGCUCCCAGCUCAUCCUGCCAUACCGCGGAGACGAGCAUGCCUACCGCCACCUCAAGCCGAUGGGCGAUCUCGGCCAGUUCUCCUUCCCCUUCUACCACCUUCGCGACAAGGACACGGUCAAGCGCCUUGUCGAGCACUCGAACGUCGUGUUCAACCUCGUCGGCCAGGAGUUUGCCACGCGCAACUUUUCGCUGCACGACGUGCACGUGACUGGCGCCGAGACGAUCGCCCGCGCUUGCCAGGAGGCCGGUGUCGGUCGCCUCAUCCACGUCUCUGCCCUCAACGCCAGCACCGAGUCGCGAAGCCCCUUCCUGCAGUCCAAGGCACUCGGCGAGCAAGCUGUUCUUGCUGCCUUCCCUAACGCCACCAUUAUUCGCCCUGCGACUCUGUUCGGCCCCGAGGACCGACUCUUCAAUCGCCUGUCUGUUCCGAUGCGAACACCUUUCGGCGUCCCGCUGCAAAACUAUGGCGAGACCCGCAAGCAACCCAUUUAUGUCGUGGAUGUUGCCCGUGCUCUGAUCCGAGCAAUGGAGGAGCGCACCACUGCUGGCAAGACUUUCGAGCUUGUUGGCCCCAAGGAGUACACCACCGCCCAGCUUUUGCAAUACAUGUGCGACAUGGCUCGCCGACCGAUGCGCGCAUUCCACGUUCCCAGCGAAAUUGCCGAGUGA